AUGGCAGAUGACAUAGAUUGGUAUUUUGGUUCAUUGGCUUCUAUUCCCAAGAAUGAUUCUGUUGCUUUAACAGCCUCUAGCAAAAAUUCUUAUCUUGACGUACAAACUCAAGAGUCUAAAAAUGGAAAGAACGCACAGAAAAUUGACGAUGCUAAUAAUGAGUUUGUUCGUACUGAUACAGAUACUUUUUCAACCUUAGCGGAUUGUAUCUGCUCGGCCUCUUCAUUGGCUGACUCGGACGAGAGUUAUUCUGAAGACAGCACUAGCGAAGACGAUGAUGAUUCUUCAGCUGAGGAUAUAGUUUUUGAUCUCAAGAAAUUGCAGCGUGAACAAGUCAAGCUUAAUUUACGUAAAAAGUUAUUGACUAAUGGCUCAUUGAACGAAGGAGUGAACUUAUCAUCAAACGGUUCUGAUACGUCAAACAGUUUACAGUUGGAAGGCGCCCCCGAAAAUGGGUAUAUAGAACAUGCUAGCCGUAAUUCUCUUUGUCCAGUUAAAUCCGCGCAAAGGCCUUCAGUUUAUAUGCUUAAUUACAAAAAGUUUAAAGCAUCAACAAAAUAUUUUUCGCCACCGGAUUCUCAUAUUGAUGAUGGAUCUGCUUGGAUUCCUAAAGUUAAGCGGACACGACUUCCUAUUGAAUCACGCAGGGAUGAUAUUGUUAACAUUAUUCGAGAAAAUAAGGUAGUUGUGUUAAGUGGAAGUACGGGAUGUGGCAAGUCAACCCAAGUCCCGCAAUACAUACUCGAUGAUUGCUUACAACGAAAUACUUCCGUUAACAUAAUAUGUACACAACCGCGUCGUAUCGCUGCGACUUCUCUUGCGCAUCGAGUUUCUUCUGAACGGGGAACGAAGCUUCGUGGGCAAGUGGGGUUUCAUAUUGGUGGUAAAAAUGGAUACUCCUCGUCAACUCGAUUAUUAUAUGUCACGACAGGCAUUUUGUUGGAAAUGUUAAAAGCAGAUCGAUAUUUAAAGUCUUACACUCAUGUAAUCAUGGAUGAGAUCCAUGAACGAAAUGUCGACGACGAUUUAAUGAUGGCUCACCUUUGCGAAAUUAUGAGAAUGAAUCCAUCUUUAAAGUUGAUCAUUAUGUCGGCUACUAUGAAUGUCCAAAAGUUUACGGAUUAUUUUCGUGAAUUCGAAACCGAGAAAGAUGGUAUUACAUCGAAAAUCCCAUGGAUAGAUAUACCCUCUAAGAAUUUUUCUGUUGAUGUAUUCUAUCUAGAAGAUGUUUGUCAGGGUCUGGAAGUUACCGAAGCGUAUCAAACGCUAAUUAUGAAUGAGCCUAAGAAACCUGCAAUGAUGCAAGAAAGAAGGGACGUUUUAAUAAACUGGAUUAUGCAUUGCCAUGUCACAUGUUCGGCCGAUGAAGCAUUUUUGGUUUUUUUGUCGGGAAUAUCUAUCAUUGCUGAAGUGGAAGACCAAUUGAUGUUUUGUAAUGAACAACAACGAUGUGGAAUGAUGCAGAAUGGCGGAAAACCAAUUCCUUUUAUGACUGUUAUAAAGCUUCACUCUACCGUCACGAUAGAUGAGCAAUGUGUAAUUAUGCAACGUCCCAAAAGUAAUCACCGAAAAAUCAUAUUAGCAACUAAUGUUGCCGAAAGUUCAAUAACUGUCCCCGACGUACGAAUUAUAUUUGAUUCAUGUUUGCGCAAAGAUGUGUAUUAUGAUAAAGCCGCGAGAUGUUAUAGCUUGAACGAGCAAUGGAUAAGUAAAGACUGCGCUGAACAACGACGCGGAAGGGCUGGUAGAGUAGGACCUGGAGUGCUUUAUAGGUUCGUACCAAAAAGAUUUUAUGACCAAUUAUGUGAAGAAAGGACUCCCGAGAUUCGAAGAACGCCACUCAAUUCCUUAUUGCUGAGAUGCAUAUAUGCAAAUUUCGGAGAUCCCCGUACAUUGUUGUCCCACUGUAUAGAUCCGCCUGAUGAUACUGCGGUUGAUUACGCAUUAGAAGAUCUGGAAACAACAGGAGCUGUCACUAAAUCUAAUCCAAUAAUUAAGGAAACAGAUGACUGGGUUCAAGGAAGCGUGAUAACCUAUGAAUACGAAGUGACUAGGCUUGGAUCAAUCCUCGCACAGCUUCCGAUCGAUCUUCAUUCAGGAUUAUUAGUUGUAUAUGGGGCUAUAUUUGGAUCUUUGUAUGACACUAUGAUUAUUGCGGCUAUCCUACAAAAUCGAGGCGUUAUUGUGCAGCCACCUAAUCAAGAAAUAGCUAUUAGUGCAGCGAUGAAAAGAUUUCAUUUAAAUUUACCUGAUGAAUAUAAGUUACAGGGAGGUUCUGACUUAAUAUCCCACCUUCGUGCUUAUUUAUUUUGGGAAGAGACGACACAAAAUGACAGUGAAUUUGAUAGGACUGAAGAAUUAAAUUGGUGUCAACAACAGUUUAUUAGUUUAUAUUGGAUACGCGAAAUACAAGACUUGGUGAUCACUAUCCGAGAGUCAUUAUCUUAUCAAAAUAUAUGUUCGCCUCCAACAAAACAAGAACGAGAUAAAAUACGUAGGAAUCGUGUAAAUAACUCGCAUCUUAUUAUUCCAGAUGAAUCUUUGGAGUACUCAGACCUUGACACUGAACAAUAUAUUGAUAGUGCUAUUCACAUUCUUGAUUUGUCCACUUUGGACGAAAGGCAGCAGGAUGAUGAUAACUUGAUCUCUGAAACAUUGAUGACCAAUAAACUAAAAGAUCACCAAUCCUCUUCAAAAUUGAGCACGUCUGUAUAUCAAAUAACCAGCAAUUUACGAACUUUAAAUCCUUGGAUGAAUGUAUUUGAUCGUCAAUACGAGAUCAUUUCUAAAAAGGUUCAGCUGCGACGGGAACCCAAUGUUUUACUCCUUACAACUUUAUUUAUGGCAGCAUUUCAUCAAAAUUUAUUUCGAGUUACACCAUGUAAUGAUACUCGCGUUUUCAAAAAUUGUCCUUCAGAGUUUAAUCGCAAUCACACAAUCGAAUUCUCUGCUAAAGUCCUCCCGCCAAGGCAGGUGUUAGUAGAAACAUUUGAAAAGGAUAUUGGAAUUAUACAGAAAAUGGUACACCCGGAUAGCGAAUUAUUAGGCCCUGAUGGUGAUUAUGAAUAUAGUUAUGUUGAGUUCGCAAAACCCGCUAUACCGUUGUGGACCCAUUCUCGAUACCGAGCUAGAACGAAAUCUUUUUUAUGUAAUCAUAUAGAAUCGCAUUUACCGGAUGCAGUGUUUUUAGCGCCCAAAUUAAGGACGGUCAAAAAUGGUGUCUGGGCUGAUGCCAAUAAUGUAAAUAGUGCAAAUGGCACAAAUAAUACAAAUAGUACAAAUAAUAUAGGUGCAACAUCAUACACCGUUGGAUCCUCAUUAUAUCCAGAGGAUCAAAAAAAAUUGAGAUUCUCUGGCAUUAAUGGAUGUCCAGAAACUGCCACGGCACUCAGCCCCAUUUUUCAUUCAAAGUCUACCAGGGCUUAUCAAUCAAAAACUUCAUUAUUUUUUCCUUUAAUUAUUAAUGAUGGUGAACACAAGAAUUAUGCCGUUUGUGCCGGGAAAAUGAUAACAGUGGAUCACGGAAAAGCACACGUUGCAGAGCAUAUCACAUGCCUCAUCGGACCUCCAAAUACAACCAAUAAUGUUGGAGAUGUGAUUCUCUCAGUUUUUGCCAACAAAAUAAUAGAACGAGAUGGCAUUUGGAACGUGCAUGUAAAUUUGACAGAAUAUCCACUUUUCGAUGUAAAGCCUUUGGAAAUCGAUAAAAGGUUGAUUAAUUCAAUCAGAUACUUUCUGAAACAAGCAUUAUUUGAAAAAGAACCUAAAGUAGAAGACAUGGGAGGUGACUAUUCAAAGAAAAAUAUACCCUAUCUACUAACUCAACAGGAGAUUAUUAAAGUUUGGGAACAAUGUAGAAUUACACCAGAUUAUGCUGGAAAAUUACUAGUAGAAUCGAUCUUAAUUCUUUGA